UGUAGUGUUGCCCACGUUACUUGGUCUCGAGGUAUAACCCCGAUGUUAAGAGUUAUCUUUUAGAAGGCAGGUAGCCUCCUCUAAUCUAUUAUCACCAUGGUAUUACAAGUAAGUAGUUGGAAGCUGACAGAACUUUAAAAUAUAAACGUUUCAGAUAUUUUACGAGAAAAUCCACAACUGGGACCUUUCCAAAAUUGUUAAACUGACUCGGAAAAUGGCUUUUGGUCAGCGUUUACUAUUAGUCUUAAUCUUACGUGUUGGAAGAGACUUUUAAGAUUGCUUAAACUUAAGCUACCUCAUCCUCUGUUGUUUUCAUGAUGUCUGCUAAUUCCAUCCGCGUUGAAAAACUUAGAACAAUUCGCUAAAAUAAUUUCAGAUUGGCGCUGAAGACACUUUGUAAAGCUUUGAGGUUUUCGCGAACAUUUGUUUUAAUGUUCUUAUAAAAAAACAACUCACAAAGUUUAAACUCGCAGGCUCUCUAUUAAUGUCUCAAGAACGAGACACGGCAUUCGAACUAAAAUAGAUUGAAUGAAAGCUUAACAAACUUUCACCGACACGCUGGAACCAACUAUCUUUGAACUAAAGCCAUAGUAGAUAUUAAACUCUCGAAGUGCUAUCAGAAAAAGGCCCGAUCUAACGGUUACGACAUCGUUUGAGAACAACAACGGGGCAAAGGUGAACGGCGAUGACUUCGGGACAGGACAAGGCUUGUCACACUAGUGUUAUCAACGCCUUAUCAGUGUUGCUGGUAUUGGGUUUCUUUCUUCCCGGACUGCAAGGGAAAAUUCUACCUAAUGACACAGAAAAAAAAGAAUUGGAACCAAUAUUCGAAACCCACAAGCAAACUGAAGAGCCAGAUGGCAUUGGGUGGUCGGAAUGGGGUGAUUGGAGCGUGUGUUCUAGGACUUGCGAUGGUGGCGUCACUUCCCAGCUACGAAGAUGUGUCCGAAAGUCUGGCUGUAAGGGCGAAGCAGUAAGGUUUCGCAUAUGCAAUAUGCAGCCCUGUUUUGAACACAACGACUUUCGAUUAACCCAAUGUUCAGCGUUCAAUAAUGUACCCUAUCGAGGAAGAUUGUACGAAUGGUUACCAUUUUACGAUCCAGAAGAUGUUUGUGCCCUCACUUGCCAAGCGAAGGAUUUCAAGUUUGUCGCUAAGCUUGCGUCUGCCGUUAAAGAUGGUACUCGCUGUCGAGAGGGGUCGCUUGAUAUGUGUGUGGACAAGAAAUGUAUGAAAGUGGGGUGCGACCUUGAGCUGGGAUCUGAUAAAAAGAUAGACGAGUGUGGAGUGUGUGGGGGAGAUGGAUCAACAUGCCGACAGCCGGAUUACGUGUGGGAAGAGACACACUUGUCUCCUUGUUCAGUGACCUGUGGAGGAG